ACACUUCAUCUUUUCCUUUUUAGUUUUUCUACUUUUCCACGAACCCUAAUUUUUCUGAUCGUGCUUCAUUUCUCGUUUUCCAUUUUUUCUCUACUGCCGCAGCUUGACGUUCCUUUCUUCUCCACUUCUCAGGUUUUCAUCAACUUCCCCUAGCCGUGGUCUUUGUUGGCUCUCCUCGCCAUUGUCUCUGUUGGCUUUUCUCGCCAUGGUCUCCAUUGGUUCUCCUUGCAAUUGUCUCAAAGAUGCCAUUGACAUUCUCACUGAGUCGAUUCCAUUUGCAAUAAGUAUGAUAAAUACGACAUCGAGAAGCACUGUGAUUCUAAUGUCUUUGGUGACGAUGCGUUUGCCAGGCUCUACGCCUUCGUUGACGCCGACAUCGAGGCAUUGUUUCAGAUUAUACAGAGAUUCAUGCAAAUGGGAAGAUGGUCACUGUCUCAAGGAUCUCAGGCUUCUUGCAAUUGACAUGGCCAAAGUCUUCAUAAUUGACAACACUCCACGGGUGUUUAGACUUCAUGUUAACAAUGGAAUUCCCAUAAAAAGUUGGUAUUGGGACUGCAGAGAUCAUGCUCUGAGAAAUUUGUUGCCAUUUCUGGAGAAACUGGUUGAUGUGGAUGAUGUUAGACCCAUUAUUGCAGCAAGAUUUUGGAAAAGAGUUAAGUCUGCACCUCCUUCUGCUGCCCACAUUAGAAGAAAAUUCCUUUUAAGAAACUCCUUCUAAUAUUCAUGUAUAAAAUGUUUGUUAUUUAUAUAAAAUCUGAAGCAGAUAUGUUCAAUUCAUUCUUCGAAUUUGAUUAUAAUUGCAUGACGAAUCUAGUUGGUUAUAAUUGAUUCUAUUGAGUACCUUUUAAUCACUUGAUGAUAAUUCCUGAUGUCAAUCCUUCUGGCCCUUUAAUAUUGCCUCUCUUUUACAUAUAUUUUCUCUUCGUCUUCUGCAUCAGCUUGUCCCCUGGUUUUCCCUGACACAAUGAAAGUUGCCAGAGGCUGUGGGGUUGGGAUAAGUUAUGUGUCUCACUUGUAAUGCUAUGGAAAGUUAUGUGUCUCACUUGCAAAAGCAAAGCUUAAUCACGAACUUGCAAGCUCUGGAUUGUGCUAAAACUUUGGCACUGAAAUUAAAAAGAUCAAAGAUUACUGCUGAUAUUUGUGGUCUUUGUCACAUCAUCCUUAAAGAAGUUUUCCUACAAGUUGGAAAUCAAGGCCUAUACAACCAUGAGAUUAUGUUCUUCGUGCUUCUCACAUUAUCAUUUCUUAUGGCAACCAUGUAAUUAUGAAGGUUUCCUUGUUAAGUGAAGCUUUCCUAGUUCUUCAACAAAGAUAGUUUUACACGGGUUUAAUAUCA